AUGCUAGUGCAAGCUUAUAACCUAAUGGCUCAUGUCUUCCUUCUCUUCCUCUUAUUCUCUUACAUUAUAUCUACACAUAUUCAUGCCUGCAAACAAACUGAACGCAGCUCCCUCCUGUCCUUCGCCUCCACUUUAUCUUCUUCUCCUUUAAAUUGGACAUCCAUUGAUUGCUGUCAUUGGAAGGGCAUCACUUGUGAUAAAGAUGGUUGGGUCACCCGUUUGCUCUUGCCUUCCAAUGGGCUCAAAGGAGCAAGCAACUUGACUAGUUUCAAUGUCAACAACAAUACCUUCACAGGGUUUUUCGUGCCAGUCGCAAUACCUCUCAGGAUACUUCCAGAAGAUAUCUAUAAUGCUACUAAACUUGAAGAAAUUGCAUUGCCUUUCAAUUCACUACAUGGAGCCAUUAGUGAUAAAAUUGUCAACCUCACCAACCUUGCCAUCCUUGACCUCUCCUUUAAUCAUUUUGGGGGCGAGCUUCCUCUCAAUUUGGGGAAGCUCUCCAAAUUGAAGUUUGUGACCUUUGAUUUCAACAAUUUGAAGGAGCUUUGCCCCCAUCUUUGA